AUGACUUCAGUAGCUUCUCCGUUCUGUUGUUUUCUUUUCUGUUACGGUCCGCACACGCGGUUGCAUUUGUAUGCGCACUCUGCAUUAUUAUUAUUAUUAUUUUGUCUUCCUCCUUCCCUAUACUCCAAUGACGUUAGAACGGUAGGAGUCAGCUCAGCGUCCACACGGUGGCUUCUUCUCGGCUUAGAGUUGAAGAAAGGUGAAAAGUAG